AUGGCCGACGUUCAAAAAAAGCUCAUCGUGGUGUUGGGUGCCACCGGUAACCAGGGCGGUGCUGUUGCCCGCCGUUUUCUCCAGGACCCGCAAUACGCCGUUCGCGGCUUGACCCGCAAUGUCUCGUCGCCCGCAGCACAGGCCCUCAGGGAGCUCGGGGCCGAAGUGGUGGCGGCCGAGCUGGACGACGUCGAGUCUCUCAAGAAGGCCUUCAAGGGCGCCAACCUCAUCUUCAGCGUGACACAGUACUGGGAGCCCUUCUUCCGCCCUGACUGCCGGGCCAAGGCGGAGGAGCUCGGCAUCACCUGCCGCAAGUACGCCUAUGAUGUUGAGGUCCAGCAGGGCAAAAACAUUGCCGACGCUGCGGCCACUGUGGUUGACACUCUGGUGGAUAACGGCUUCCUGGUAUCGACCCUGAGCAGCGCGCGGAAGUGCAGCAAGGGCAAGUUCCAGGACCUAUACCACUUUGACUCCAAGGCCGAUGUGUUCCCCGACUAUGUUGUUCCCAAGUAUCCCGAGUUGGCGGCCAAGAUGUCGUGUAUUCACACCGGCUUCUUCACCACCAGUCACAAUAUCUUGCCCGACUCCUAUUUUGCCAAGCAAUCCGACGGGAGCUUCCAGAUGCGCUUCCCCUGUAACCCAGACAAGCUGGUUCCCCAGCUGGACGUGAACCGUGACACUGGCAACUUUGUGUAUGCCGUCUCCCAGAUGCCGCCUGGAAAGGCCUACAUGGCUGGGGAGUAUCUGAGCUUCAGGGAUUGGGCGGCUGCGUGGGGUCGGGUUACUGGGGCCACCAUCGAGUAUAAGGAGGUGACGAUUGACGAGAUGGUGGCCGAGACUCCUGACAAGGCCUGUGGACUGGAGGUUGCUCUCAUGUAUUCGUAUUCGUCCGAUCCGGGGUACGAUGGUGGGAUGGAGCUGUUGACAGCUGAGGAUAUCCAAAAGGUGAGAACGAGCCCUGCUUUCUUUGGUUUGCAAAUGUGGAAGAAAAAUACUGACCAGAUAAAUCUAGGCGGGCAUCGAUUGCCCGAUCACGACGGUGGAGGAAUCUCUGGCAAAGCAGGACUUUUCCAAGUUUUUCAGCAAAUAAAAAGAGAACAAUAUCAGGUAGCUAGCAAUGACAAGAUCAAGCAAUAA